AUGGCGGAUGAAUUCGCGAACCCUCUGGCCGAGUCUGGCGUCACCAUUCGAUCCGACAGUGAACAGUAUUCGCAAGGCGAGGACCUCUCUGCGUCCCCUCCCUCAUCUUCCUCCCCCGUUAUUCUCUACAGGCCGCCCACGGUGUGGUCCCUAUUGCGAGGUGCUGCCAUCAACAUGUUCUUGCCGUUCAUCAACGGCAUGAUGCUGGGUUUCGGAGAGCUGUUUGCCCACGAGGCCGCGUUUCGGUUAGGAUGGGGAGGCACUAAGGUAUUCCCCACGACGCGCCGUGCCCACGCCAUUGGCCCCGGCCUCGAGAUCCGCGAGAAACGCACACCGCGAACCGAGCUGGACGACCUGACGAGCCUGGAAUGA